AUGACAACACCUCAGCCUGUGAUCAUCUUCACCGGAAUCAUUGAUGAUGUAUCACCUGAUGAGAUCAAAUACAUUAUAAAAUCUUCUUGCAAUAAAACAUCGCCGUUAGACCCUUUCCCACAUCAAGUACUGACAAAUUGCAUCAACACCUUAUCAACUGUCAUCUCCAUCUUCACAAAUCUCUCGUUUCGCAGCCAGUUUCCUGACAGCUUUAAAACUACGCAGGUAGCUCUAACAAAGCUACAGCCUUACAUUUUUCAGCACCCGAAUUAUAAUCCUCUCCAAUCGGCAUAUCGCACAUGUCACUCCUCGGAGACAGCUCUAUUGCACAUACUUGAUCACGUAUUCAACUCCUGCAACAGUAAACAAGCAACAAUUUUUACCUGGCUAGACUUGCAGAUUAUACACAACUCUUUAUCUCAUUGGACAAUAAAAAUUAUUCAUCGAACGUGA